AUGACAGUGACUGAGUAUGCUAAGGAGUUUACUAGACUUUCUAAGAGUGCUCCGUACUUGGUGAAUUCAGAAGAGAUGAAAGUUCGUCGUUUCGUUCGUGGAUUGGCAGAACCUAUGUUCACUACUCUUAUGCCUGAAGUCGGACGCAUGUCUUUUAAGGAUGUCCUAAACUCUGCCUAUGGAAUUGAAGUUGGGAUAGCGGAGAGAAAUGCUUUUAAGGAUGUUGGAAAGAAGCCCAAGAUGAAGGGACAAUUUUCUGGUGGAUCUAGUUUAGGAGGAUUUCAGUCUCAUCAUGGUCAAACUAAUCAGCAAGGUUAUUCGGGACCUUUUGUUAAGAGCACCUCUCAAUCUAGUGCACAGGGUUCAAAUCAGACAAGACCAGCUCAGCCUUACUGCCAUCAGUGUGGGAGUUACCAUUCUGGUAUAUGUUUCAAGACUACUGGAGCAUGUUUUGGUUGUGGUCAAUAUGGUCAUCUUAGGAGAGAUUGUCCAAAUGCUAGAGGAGGCUUUGCUCCAGGCAUUGCACGUCCUACAACACCAAUGCCAUCAUCUUCAGCUAUGUCUCUUGGAAAUUCUUCUGGUCCUAGUGGCAGAGGAGCAGGUGGCAGGGGUCAGACUUAUCACAGAGGAGGGAGCCAAAGAGGAAGAGGUCAGGCACGUGUGUAUGCCUUAACACGUCAAGAUGCUCAAGCUUCUCAUGCUGUGGUGGCAGGUUCUCAUUAUUCAUAUGUAUCUCCAUAUCUUGCAUCUCGUUUUGAUAAACAACCUAAAUUGUUAUCCCACCCAUUUCAUGUUGGCACUCCGCUUGGAGUCUCCACGAUGGUUCGAGUCGUAUUUCGGUCUUGUGUUGUUAGAAUUAAUACCGUUGAAACCUUAGCUGAUUUGAUCCUUUUAGAACCAAUGGAAGAUAUUGAUGUCAUCUUAGGCAUGGAUUGGUUAGCAGCUUGUCAUGCUGAUGUGGGCUGUUACUCCAAAACUGUAAAGUUUGACAUACCGGGUAUCUCACCUUUUGUUUUUAAGGGUGAUGACUGUCCCACUUUAGCCAGCAUCAUCUCAUCUAUGAGUGCUAUGCAAUUGAUGGAUAAGGGAAACCAAGGAUUUUUGGCAGUUGUUAGAGAUGUUGAUGCCGAAGUGCCUAGUCUUGAUCAGGUUCCUAUAGUUAGAGAAUUUCCUGAUGUGUUCCCUGAUGAGCUACCAGGGAUGCCACCUAAUCGCGAAAUUGAGUUUUCUAUAGAAUUAGCUCCGGGAGUCCAACCUGUGUCCAUUCCUCCCUAUCGUAUGGCUCCAACUGAGUUACGAGAAUUAAAAGUUCAAUUGGAAGAUAUGCUAGAGAAAGGAUUCAUUCGUCCUAGCACUUCUCCGUGGGGAGCUCCUGUUCUAUUCGUAAAGAAGAAGGAUGGGACGAUGCGGGUUCUAUUCGUAAAGAAGAAGGAUGGAACGAUGCGACUAUGUGUAGAUUAUCGUCAGCUCAAUAAGAUAACUGUUCGCAACAAGUAUCCAUUGCCAAGGAUUGAUGAUUUGUUUGAUCAACUUCAAGGAGCUACCUGUUUCUCAAAAAUCGACUUGCGUUCAGGGUACCAUCAAUUGAAGAUAAAAGAGGAAGACAUUCUAAAAACUGCUUUUCGUACUCGCUAUGGGCACUAUGAGUUCUUAGUAAUGUCCUUUGGCCUGACGAAUGCGCCUGCAGCUUUCAUGGACUUAAUGAAUCGAGUCUUCAAACCUUUCUUGGACCGCUUUGUUAUCGUCUUCAUUGAUGAUAUCUUGGUGUAUUCGAAAAGUGCUACGGAGCAUGAGUAUCAUUUGAGGAUUGUGUUACAAACCUUAAAGGAUCACAAGCUUUAUGCUAAGUUUUCUAAAUGUGAGUUUUGGCUUGAUCAAGUGACAUUCUUGGGGCAUGUGGUAUCAAAAGAUGGAAUCAUGGUGGAUCCAAAGAAGGUUGAAGCCGUUCAAAAGUGGCCAAGGCCUACUACAGUGACAGAAAUUCGUAGCUUUCUAGGGUUGGCCGGCUACUAUCGGCGAUUCAUCAAGGACUUUUCGAGAAUUUCGGCACCAUUAACCAAGUUAACUCAGAAGAAUGUGAAGUUUCAAUGGUCAGAAGCUUGUGAGGAAAGUUUUCAGACACUUAAGGCUUGUCUAACCUCAGCACCAGUUCUUGUUUUACCUUCUGGGUCUGGGGGAUUCUCAGUCUUUUGCGAUGCAUCUCGGAUAGGACUUGGUUGUGUAUUAAUGCAGCAUGGCCGCGUUAUUGCCUAUGCCUCGCGACAACUCAAGAAGCAUGAGCAGAAUUAUCCAACUCAUGACCUGGAGAUGGCAGCGGUCGUCUUUGCUUUAAAGAUUUGGAGACAUUACCUUUAUGGUGAGACCUCUCAGAGUAGGCAGAAGGCUUAUGUUGAUAACAGAAGGCGUAACUUAGAGUUUUCAGUGGGUGAUCAGGUAUUUCUGAGAGUGUCGCCUAUGAAGGGAGUGAUGAGGUUUGGGAAAAGAGGCAAGCUUAGUCCUCGAUACAUUGGUCCAUUUGAGAUACUGGACAGAAUAGGUGCAGUUGCUUACCGCUUGGCAUUGCCGCCUGAGUUGUCUAUGAUUCAUCCGGUCUUUCAUGUAUCAAUGUUGCGCAAAUACCUUCCCGACCCAUCUCAUGUGCUUGCACCACAAGCCAUAGAGCUACAGGAGGAUUUAUCAUUUGAAGAGGAACCAGUGGCUAUAGUUGAUCGCCAAGUAAAGAAACUACGUUCUAAAGAGAUAGCAUCUGUGAAAGUUGUUUGGAAGAAUCAUUCGGUAGAAGAAGCAACUUGGGAAAUGGAGGAUACCAUGCGCGACAAAUAUCCAUAUUUAUUUGAGUCUGAAGGUAAUAAUUACAUCUAUCGUAGUAUAUAA